CUCAGUACGAAUCGGGACGGAUGAGUAGUAUGCACGAUGAUGAGGCUCGUUAUACUCUUACUUCUCUGCGGUGCGAUCACCGGCAACAACGACACUUCGAACAACGUAAUCCCAGAGGAGGAACGGUUGGAUUUAGGGGAGCAAUACGUGGAGAACUGGUCCACGAAGAAUAGGACUCUGAACGAGCUCUUCGAGGAUGCUGUUCAGGCUUACCUCGAAGAUAACUGGGACCGCUGUAUCGACGAUUUCAACGCGGUUUCGCACGGGUAUAAGGUCUACAAGCGUAUGAUAGUAAAUUGUCGGAAAAAAUGCCGGUCGAAGGCUGAUGGCGAGGCACCGAUCUUUCCGGAGAAUAUUGACGAUUUGUACUUUUACGAAAAAAAAGUGAAAGAGACGCUGUGCCUUUUGAUGUGUAAUCACGAGUAUCGCGAGAUAGCCGGCGCGAAAGCGCUCAAGACACUGCCACGUGAGACUGAACAGAAAUUAAUCGACCAUCGAGUCUACGAGUACCUGCAUAUUUGUUACUAUCAGAGAAAACAAUAUCAAGACGCAGCUAACGCGCUAUUCACAUUCGUGAUCGCUUAUCCGGAUCACGAGGCUAGCAUAGAAACUUUAGUAGGCUACCUAGCACUGCCAGAGGUGCAAGCAGAUAAUGUUGUAAAUCUAGAAUCACCAGCUUAUGUCAGCGUCUACUUCAAUGCAGUCUCGGCUUACGAAAGCGAGGACUAUGCUGGAGCGGUAGGUCUUUUUGAAUCAUCGCUCAGCUUGUACUUGCAAGGAGAGGAUGAAUGCAGGUUCUAUUGUGAGGGUCCCUUUGAUCAGGGCUGGCAUCCAGAGUUCACUUCUUCCAUCGCCAAUCAUUUCGCGUACUGUUUGAAGUGUAAACGAACCUGCUCGGACAUACUGAACAACGUGAAUGGCGAUUUCCGAAAGGACAUGCUCAAGGAUCACUACGAUUAUUUACAAUUCUCUUAUUACAAACUUGGUGAUUUGAAGAAAGCCUGCACUGCUGUAGAGAGUUAUUUGCUCUUUGACCCAGUCGACGAAACUAUGCUGGAGAACAGAAAUUACUAUAGUGCUCAGCCAAAGGUCAAGGAAGAAUAUUUUACACCGAGACAGGAAGCUCUAAAUUAUGUGAAGAGACAGGAAUACGAGUUCAGCCUUCUUCGUUAUAUUUCCAAAGAGUUUUCAAUUAUAGACGCAAAGUACUUGAAGUCAAAGAAGAAGAAGGUACCAAAGAACGAGACGAAGGAUAGCAAAAAGAAGGAGCUAGGAAAGAAACCAGAUUUUGACGCAGCGUUACACCCACCACCGGGUCAUUCAUUAUCCUCUCACGCAAAUUUAUCAAGAUAUCUUUCUACGACUCGAGAGCAUCAUAGAUACAAGAUAAACGAUAGAAAGCAACCUAGGGUCAAGAACGAUGUUUAUCUAAUAGCGAAAGACAAAGAUCUCGACGGUAAAAAUCGCUAUGUAGCCGACGGUUUUCUCAACUCUACCGACUGUGAAUCUUUAAUGAAAUUUGCCUCUAUAAAUGCGGUGGAAGGGGAUGGAUACAGCGAGAACAAAAGUCCACAUUCGAAGUAUGAAAAAUUCGAAGGAAUAACUAUUGGAAGAACAGCCUUGAUGGUGUACUUCGGGCAAAUAGAUCGAAAAUGGUUAGAACUGCUUCUGGAGAAAACCGAGAAAGCCCGCGAGCACGUGGAAAGGUAUUUCGGACUACGUCGUCACCUGUAUUUCAGCUAUACUCAUUUGGUCUGCCGUACGGCUCUACCUGACUCUCCAGUGGAUCGUGACGACUUGAGUCAUCAAGUUCACGCAGACAAUUGUCUGUUGAGAGACAAAGAUACCUGUCUUCGCGAACGUCCUGCAUACGUCUGGAGGGAUUAUUCAGCGAUUUUAUACCUGAACGAUGAUUUCCAAGGUGGUGAAUUCUUUUUCGCCAAAGAUCGUGUGAUUCGAGAACUGGACUAUGUAGUUUCACCGCGUUGCGGACGUAUGGUGGCUUUCUCCGCUGGCGGAGAGAAUCUCCAUGGCGUGAGAGGUGUUAUACGAGGCAGAAGGUGUGCCUUGGCUCUUUGGUUCACUCAGGAUAAGAGAUAUUUGGAGUAUGAGAGGAUGCUGGCUUGGGCGGUGUUAAAAAGGGUGCGAUCGAUUGGACCACUUGAGGGAAAGAAUGUUCAGGUGCCUUUAAAAUACGAGGAUGUACUUGUCGAUUACGCUCACAACGAUGAAUCAUUGAGACAUUUCUUAAGAAAUUCUACAUAA